AAAAAAAAAAAAAAAAGAAAACACGUGCGUUUGUAAAUUUGUGUGGCAAACGUAUGCACGCAAGUGUAUAACGCGUUAUCGCCCGCAUAGCAAAACGUGUAAAGAUAAAACAUGAUUAAACUUUCAAAGCUACGAAUCGCUUGAAAUUCAGUGUCAGGAUUGACGAUUACAAACAUUGUAUCAGCAUAAACGAGAGACGCAAAAACAGCCUAUAUAAAGUCACAUGAAUUUGUAUUUUAAAUUUUGAUAUAAGAUUAUAUAAAACUUCUUCCAUAAUUCUAGUCGUGAUUUAUAAUCAAACGAACUGGAAAAUUAUGUCAUCAAAACAAUAAAACAAAACAGUUUUUCAAACAGCUAGCGAGAAGUGCAUCUGAUAAAAUUAUGGAUAUCAUUCACACGACACAAGUCAUAUAAAUUUAUAUUUUGAAUUUUGAUAUAAAAUUACAUAAAACUCUUUCCAAUCGUGAUUUACAAUUAAAUAGGUUGAACCGGCUGUGUCGUCGGUAACGAGACAGACACUUUUUUUUUUGAAAUGAGAUCUGUCUACGUAAAAAAGUAUAUCUCAUAAAAUUAUAAUCAUCGUCCGUAAUUAUCCUUCCCGUCGCGCGCUACCUGGCAGCCAUCUUACAAGUCUAUCGCUGAUCCGUUAAAUAUCUCUCCUCGACGCAUAAAAGCUUGUAAGUCCCAGGCGAGCGACUGUAGCGUUUGCGCGGAUCCCGUGUAGUCGGGAACCGGUGAAGGUGUAAGUGCCUCUCGCAAUCAGUCGACUACGAGUAUCGGGAAAAGCGACGUCGUACGAAGCGCGGUGGUUGGUGCCGUGUCGAUGUCAACCCAACACAAGGAUCAAAGGAAGAUGCAGUCUAAAGGACAAGUAUUGAAUGCAAUUCACCGGCUAGUUGAAUUCAUUGCCAGAAAGAUAUGUAUGUUCACCGCGUUUCUAAAGGGACCUGCAGAAUCUCAACCACCUAUAAAAGAUUUAACGCUUCUACAUAACGCGACUACUUUAGCACUGAAAAUUCGAAAUAAACAGUUAACUUCAGAAGAGGUAGUACAGUCAUACAUAGAUAGGAUAAGGGAAAUUCAACCAAUACUAAAUUGCGUAGUAGAAGAUCGUUUUGAGGAUGCUCUCAAAGAAGCUAAGAUGUGUGAUGAACUUUUGAAAUCUGAGGAUGCCCCGUCUCCUCAAGUAUUAGCUAAAGAGAAACCUUUUUUCGGAGUGCCUUUCACAACAAAGGACUGCAUUGGAGUAGCCAAAAUGAAACAAACAGCUGGUUUAAUUGUUCGCAAGAACACUGUUUCUGAACGUGAUGCAGAAGUGAUUAGGUUAAUGAGGGCUGCCGGAGCUAUUCCUCUGGCCACGACGAACGUGUCAGAAUUGGCCAUGUGGUGGGAAACGUCCAAUUGUUUAUACGGAACUACAAAAAAUCCUUACAAUACGAGGCACAUUGUCGGAGGUUCUUCCGGCGGUGAAGGUUGUAUACAAGCAGCAGCUGGCUCGCCGUUAGGGAUAGGAUCAGAUAUCGGCGGCUCGAUUCGUAUACCAAGCUAUUUCAAUGGAAUAUUCGGGCACAAACCUUCUACCGGGGUAGUUUCGAACGACGGUCAGUAUCCGAGUGCACAGAACGAAGACCAAGACCGGUUGCUCUCAAUUGGCCCUAUGUGCAGAUAUGCGCAGGACUUAUUGCCUACUUUGAAGAUUCUUGCGCACAAGAACGUGGAUCUUUUGCGUUUGGAUCAGAAAGUAGACAUUUCCAAGCUUAAGUUUUAUUAUAUGGAAGAUGACGGUGGUCAAUUUCUGACGUCGGCAGUUGAGCCAGAGAUAAGAGAAGCCAUGAGGAAGAUAGUUCGAUACCUGGAGAAAGCUCAUAAAAUCAAAGCGACUAAACUCAACAUCAGAAAAAUGAAAAAGAGCAUUGCUCUCUGGAUGGCUAAUAUGAUCUGUAAGGGCGAGAAAGACUUCAGGUACGAAUUAUCGAACAGAGUUGGUCAUGUAAACUUAUGGUGGGAAUUUUUAAAAUGGACGUUCUUCUUGAGCAAUCAUACGUUGAUAUCUCUUCUUACUGCCAUAUUCGAAAAAUUCGUUAUGAAGCACGGAAGCGACAAGCACACAAAAUUCAUACAAGAGAGUAAAGACCUUUGUCGAGAAUUUCAGGACAUCUUGGGCGAAGAUGGUGUGUUUCUAUAUCCAACGCAUCCAACUGCAGCACCAAUGCACCAUGAACCGCUAAUUAAACCAUUCAACUUUUCAUACACUGGUAUUAUUAAUGUUUUGGGCUUGCCUGCUACUGCGUGCCCCUUAGGUUUGAACAAACAAGGACUCCCUAUUGGUAUACAGGUUGUUAGUGGCCUACAUCAAGAUCGUUUAACAAUAGCCGUUGCUGAAGAACUGGAGCGUGGUUUCGGAGGUUGGGUACCUCCUGUGAUUAUAGCUUGAUACGAUAGCUGUCUCUUAGACAAUAAUCCAAUCCAAUGCAUAAAUUUAAUCUCUUUUUACGACACAAUCUGUCAUCAUGUUAUUUUUCGAAAACUAAUUUAUACUAGCGAAUCUUAAGGUAAAGUACAAACAUUUAUUCAAAAAGCAGAUCUUUUGAACAUUUCGAAGAAAAUUGAAAAGGAACUAAUGAUUCUUACAAGUAUACGUUAUGUAACAAACACUAAAAUUGUCGCAUUGAUUUGUAUAAUUAAUUAUAAACUAUUUCGUCGAAAAAUAUGCGAAAUUUUGCGUAUCGAUAUAUACACAUA